AGAAUGGACAUUGACCGGAACGCCGGAACAUAACCACGAAUAAGUUUAUAAAUAUACUACACGGCAUUUAACGCUACGCUUCUUACUGUGGAGUCUACAUACCCCGAUAGGACAUCAAAUGAAGUUUUACUACGACCUUUUUUCACAGCCAUCGCGCACCCUUUACAUUCUUUUGAAAAUAAAUAAAGUCCCAGCAGAAUUCAACCCAUUGUCGCUUCGAAAAACGCAACACCUCACUGCUAAGUUCAAGGAAAUCAACCGCUUCCAAAAAGUUCCUUGCAUCGUUGACAAUGAUUUGAAGUUAUCAGAGAGUAUAGCAAUCUUGCGAUAUCUCGAUGGAAAGGGUGUUAUCGACGAGAGAUGGUAUCCGAAAGAGCUUCACCUCAGAGCUCGAACUGAUGAAUAUUUAGCAUGGCAUCAUAAUAACACUCGCCUUACAUUAUCUUUGUACUUUUGGCAAAAAUGGUUGCAUCCUCUUAUAACAGGAAGAAAUCCCGAUCCGAAGCAGCUCGCUGAAACUCAAAAGAAUAUGGAAAAAACAUUGGAUUCCUUUGAAAAUAUUUGGCUUGAGAACAGGAAAUAUCUGACUGGGAGCGAGAUCAAUGCUGCCGAUGUAUUUGCCGCUUGUGAGAUACUCCAACCCAUGAUGGCGGGCUACGAUCCUACACGAGGAAGACCCAACCUAGGAAAUUGGCUACAGACUGUUAGAAGUGAUCUGAAUCCACAAUUCGACGAGGCGCACGAUAUAGUCAUGAAAAUAAGUAAAGCAUCAGGUAUAAUACAAGCGCAAAUGAAAGUUGUUAAUUUCUUUAGAAAUCUUUUCCGUAGAAAGAAAUGAUAAUUAAAAAGAAACAGUAACCGCAGAUUUCUAUAUUCUUUUUUAUAUUGAAUUGAAAUAUAAAAAUAAAUUCUUUCUA